AUGGUCAAGGCCGUUGUUGCUGGCGCCUCUGGCGGUAUCGGACAGCCCCUGUCGCUGCUCCUGAAGUUGUGCCCGCUCGUCGACGAGCUUGCUCUGUACGAUGUCGUCAACACCCCUGGUGUUGCCGCUGAUCUGUCGCACAUUUCUUCCAACGCUAAGAUUGCUGGCUUCCUGCCCGCCAACGACGGCGCCAAGACCGCCUUCAAGGAUGCCGACAUCAUUGUCAUCCCGGCUGGUAUUCCCCGCAAGCCCGGCAUGACUCGUGACGAUCUCUUCAACAUCAACGCCGGUAUUGUCAAGGGCCUCAUUGAGGUCGCCGCUGAGGUCGCCCCGAAGGCCUUCAUCCUCGUCAUCUCCAACCCCGUCAACUCCACGGUUCCUAUCUCCGCCGAGGUCCUCAAGGCCGCCGGUGUCUUUAACCCGCAGCGCCUGUUCGGCGUUACUACUCUCGAUAUUGUCCGCGCCGAGACUUUCGUUGCGGAGAUCGCCGGCAAGGCUAACCCCCAGGAGCUGACCGUCCCCGUCAUCGGUGGCCACUCUGGGGAGACCAUUGUUCCCCUCUUCAGCCAGGUCAAGCCCUCCGUCAGCAUCCCCGCCGACAAGUACGAUGCGCUCGUCAACCGUGUCCAGUUCGGUGGCGAUGAGGUCGUCAAGGCCAAGGACGGUGCUGGCUCUGCCACCCUUUCCAUGGCCUACGCCGGCUACCGCUUUGCUGAGAAGCUGCUGAAGGCUGUCAAGGGCGCCAAGGGCCUUGUCGAGCCCAGCUACGUCUACCUCCCCGGUGUUCCGGGCGGCGAGGAGAUUGCUAAGAAGACCGGUGUCGACUUCUUCUCGGUCCCCAUCGAGCUUGGCCCCAACGGUGCCGAGAAGGCCGUCGACGUUCUCGGCGAUAUCACCGAUCAGGAGAAGAAGCUGCUGGACAAGGCCGUCAGUGGCCUGAAGGACAACAUCCAGAAGGGUGUCACGUUCGCCAACAAGCCUCCCGCACAAAAGUGA